CCGGCUUUGAUCUCCGCUUAACAACAGUAACGUCACACGGACUACAGGCGAGUUUUGUUGAAGUUGCAAAGUCCUGCAGCCUCCAGAGGGCUGUCGGCGCUGUAGCAGCCAGCAGCUCCGCAGAGGGCGAGCAGAGCGCCGGCCAGCAGCCAGCCACCGCAGCCCGCACGACAGCCCUUUCCCGGCCCCGCGCAGCCCCCUGCCAUGGAACACCAGCUCCUGUGCUGCGAAGUGGAGAGCAUCCGCCGCGCGUACCCGGACUCCAACCUCCUCACCGACCGCGUGCUGCGCGCCAUGCUGAAGGCGGAGGAGACCUGCGCACCCUCGGUGUCCUACUUCAAGUGCGUGCAGAAGGAGAUCGUGCCGUCCAUGCGCAAGAUUGUGGCCACCUGGAUGCUGGAGGUCUGCGAGGAGCAGAAGUGCGAGGAAGAAGUCUUCCCGCUCGCCAUGAACUACCUGGACCGCUUUCUGUCCCUGGAGCCUCUGAAAAAGAGCCGUCUGCAGCUGCUGGGGGCCACCUGCAUGUUCGUGGCCUCCAAGAUGAAGGAGACCAUCCCCUUGACGGCGGAGAAGCUGUGCGUCUACACUGACAACUCCAUCCGACCCGAGGAGCUGCUGCAAAUGGAACUGAUUCUGGUGAACAAACUCAAGUGGAACCUGGCUGCGAUGACCCCCCACGACUUUAUCGAACAUUUCCUCUCCAAAAUGCCAGAGGUGGAUGAGAACAAACAGAUCAUCCGCAAGCAUGCGCAGACCUUUGUGGCCCUCUGUGCCACAGAUGUGAAGUUCAUUUCCAACCCGCCCUCCAUGGUGGCUGCUGGGAGUGUGGUGGCCGCACUGCAGGGCCUGCACCUGGGCAGCCCCAAUGACUUCCUGUCCUGCUACCGCACAACACACUUCCUCUCCAGAGUGAUCAAGUGUGACCCGGACUGUCUCCGUGCCUGCCAGGAGCAGAUCGAAACCCUUCUAGAAUCCAGCCUGCGCCAGGCCCAGCAGAACCAGGACCCCAAGGCCACUGAGGAGGAGGAGGAGGAGGAAGAGGAGGAGGCCGGCCUGGCCUGCACACCCACCGACGUUCGGGACGUGCACAUCUGAGGACGCCGGGUAGGCGGGUGCCACUGAGCAGCGGCAGCCCGCAGGGAGGAAGGAGCCACCCGGUGCUCCCAAUCGUGUCCCUCCCAGACAUUUCCUUACCAGGAGGGGAAGGUUCCUUCUCUUUGUUGGGUGUUUUUGUUUUGUUUUGUUUCGGCCUUGACUCUCCUUUCUGUGACUAAGCAAAAGAGAAAAAUGAUACCUGAAAAUUGUCUUAAAGAGAGAGAGGGGGAGGGAGGGAGAGAGCAAAACCCUGAGUGAGAGGAAGAGGGUGAUGCUACAAAAAUGGGAUUUUAUGCCCCAGUAAUCAACUAGUUUUCUAUUAAUGUGCUUGUCUGUCGUAAGCAUAGAAUUAACACACAGGGACGUUCCACAAGCACUGGAUUUGAUUCUUUUAUGUGUUUUUUUAAAAAGCCUAAAAAACAUUGCUUUGAAAAAAAAAUUCAGCAAACUUUUUUAAAAUAGAAGAGGGUUUUAGGUAGAAAAAUGUAUUCUACUUCCCGAAAAAGCAUAGCUUAGGCGGUCCUUGGCCACGCUCCCGUUUGCUCAACACAGUCACUGGCCGUCACCUGCACCCCUGCUUUAUCCCGAGGGUGGGUAGGCCUGUGACCUCGUUACCGUAUUGAUGGUCGAUGCCACCUCUCUAGCGGCUGUGUGGUGUGAUGCAUGGCACCCUGAGGGCCUGUCUUCUGUACCCUCCCUCCUGCAGGUUCACAGUGCACCAGCCACAUUUGCAGGAGGGGUGAAAGGCCAGCUGUCCCACUUGUAUGCCACACGCUCCUGCUGCAAGGGGAUGAAUAGUGACGUAAUAUAUUCUAUUUUUGUAAUCUUGCUAUUUUUGUAGUUCCUGUUUAAUGAGAUGCUGGUCUCUUGCCUGCCGGCCCUGCAGCCCGCUCACAUCAUGUUAACCCCACAUCUGUUCUCUUCGUGUGUGUGGUUUCUGUUGUUAUUGUGGCUUUCUUUUUGGUUUGGUUUUGGUUUUGUUUUGUCUUGUCCAUAUUCCAAAACUAUUCCACUUCAGAGCACUUUUGGUCGGCUAGCUGGAGGCAGAAUUGCCAUAGCGGAGGCACGGGGAAGGGAGCGGUGUUCUCACGGAGUGCUUCGGAAUAUCUGCGCACUUGUUCAGAGGUUGGCACAGCAAGUGUGUGGCACCACGGUGUUGACAGAGGGGCCGUUUGAGGUUUUGUUGGGUCAAGAAGUGAAAGCCGUACACGCUAGCACCGCACCACACCACCAGCACCCAUCCUGACCUGUCCCUUAGAGAGGUUGGAGUCCACAGGGUCCUUGGUACUGGCAGGAAGGCAGACCCAGACAAGAGCAGUUCCAGGGUAACGCUGAGGUGUUUCACAGCAGAAGAUUUUUAAACACUAAAAUAUAUAAUUUGUAGUUAAGGCUACAAAAGAGUAUUUAUUGCACCUUUCUACGGCCAGUGUGAUUGAUAAAGUGAUGCCGUCCCCCCAUUCAGACGCCCCUUUCUACGGCCAGUGUGAUUGAUAAAGGAAUGCCAUCUCCCCCCGAUUCAGACACCCCUUUCUGCCCUUGGCAUGGAAGGGUUAGCAUGAGAGUUUGGUCCUUUUACAGUGGCCUGGUAAAUUAGGGUACCCCAAAUGAGUUCAAUUCCGGAACAUUCUUACCCUCUCCCCCCAUUUAAAACAAGUUUAGUGACGAUAGGCAAUUUGCACAUCUUGGAUCUGUAUCUUUUUAUUUAGGAAGUGUUGAAGGGAGGCGGUGAGAGUGGAGGCUGGAGAGGAUGUGAGGAAGGAAGUGUGCUCGAGGGGACAGGGCGGUGACCGCAGGAGGGGACAAGCUGUGGCUCGGUGGGGAGCCAGAUGGCCGUUGCUCUAGGUGUCUUUCACUUUGCUGCUAUUGCAGGGUCAGUUGUACGUCUUGUUUUUUUUUUUUUUAUCAUACCGUAUACUGCCAUGUUAUAGUUUAAUUUCCUCAUAGAAAAUUGUAUUAUGAAUGCCAUUUUUUUUCUUUUGUACUUUUUUAUGUGAUCAGUUUUGACUUAAUGUGAUUACUGCUCUAUUCCCAAAACAGGUUCCUGUCCGCAAUACCUCAUGCUUCACGUAGCCAUGCUCAGGCCUGGCGGGCGGGCGGGCGGGCUGCCUCCAAGGACCCCAAACCCCGCCUGGUGGGGAUCGGCCAAGGCCGCGUCACCGAGGCCCCGGUGCCCAUCAUGCUGGGCCUUUCAGCUGAUCUGGGACACACCAUCUCAGCCAUGCGACAGCUGUAUCAUUCUUUGUGUAGUUAUGAACAUUGUGUUGUUAUUAUUAUUAUUAUUAUUGUAGCAAGCCUGUCUUGCGUGCCACCGUGCUGCUGGGCCCAUAGGAACAUCUUGGAAUGGCUUUGGAAUUUGUUCCAAGUUUCGGGUGCAUUGUUUAAUCUCUUAGGUUAUAGUGUUCUGUCUUAUGCUAAUUUAAAGAGACUCGUCUCUGGGAAGGCAGGCUCCUGUGCUGCAGGGCCCCCCAAGUUCCCUUAGCAAGCUGCCAAACCAAAACAAUUUGAACUCCCGCCAAUGGCAGCCGCAAGACCCUUUUGGCUGCGGCAUCAGUCUGACCCAGGUGGGGCCCUUGAGGGACAGCAUGCCCAUGGUGGUGAGUAAGGGCAAGGUCUUUAACACUAAGCGUGACAAAAGGCCGAAGGCUGGUGGCAGGUCCACAGAGCACAGCCGGCUGCCCUGCGACACGCAAGCUUCGAGGGGCUCUGGUUGGCCAGGUUGAGUCUGUGUUUCUGGUUGACACACUGCGGUGCUUCCCACCACGGACAUGUAACCGGCACGUUCCAGCAAAAAAAAAAA